UGCCUCGUGCCUGAUACAAAAUGCCCUCACACCGUUUCGCAGUGGAAAGCAUCAGGCUCACCUGCUCUGACUUCUGAGUGGCGUCAUGAACUUGGCAGACGUGCUCGCGUGCAUCGCGGUGCUCGCUGUCCUCGCGGUCUCGCUGCUGUCCAACGCGCUCGUGCUGAUCUGCUUUGCGUGCAGCCCCGAGAUCAGGAAGCGCGCGGCGGGCCUUUUCACGCUCAACCUGGCCACGUGCAACCUGCUGCUUACCGUCACCAACAUGCCUCUCACGUUGCUGGCGCUCGCAGGCCACGAGGAGCCGGGAGGUAACGGGCUGUGUCGCGCGGCCGCCUUCCUCGAGACUUUUCUGAGCGCCAACGCCAUGCUCACCGUGGCCGCGCUUAGCGUGGACGGCUGGAUGGCGGUGGUCUUCCCUCUUAGCUACCGCUCCAGGAUGCGCCACCGGGAUGCCAUGCUGGCGCUCACCUACGCGUGGGCGCACUCCGCGUGCUUCGCGGCGGCCGCAGCGUGCCUCUCCUGGCUCGGCUACCACAGCCUCUACGCGUCGUGCACGAUGCGUUCCACCUCCACCUCCAGCGUUCCGUUCGCCGCGUUCACGGUGGCCUUCCACGCGCUCACUUUCCUGCUGUCGCUCGUGGUGCUGUGCGUCGCCUACCUCAAAGUUCUCCGAGUCGCGCGCUUCCACUGCAAGCGCAUUGACGUGAUCACCAUGCAGACCCUCGUGCUGCUCGUGGACAUUCACCCCAGUGUUCGACAGCGAUGCCUGGAGGAACAGAGGAGGCGACGGCAGCGAGCAGCCAGAAAGAUCAGCACGUUCAUUGGCACAUUUGUGCUUUGCUUCACACCCUAUGUAAUCACAAGGCUUCUGGAACUUUGGCCUGCAGUUCCUAUAAACCAGCACUGGGGGGUGCUGUGUAAAUGUCUGGCCUACAGUAAAGCAGCAUGCGACCCCUUUGUCUACUCCCUGCUCCGGCACCAGUACCGCAAAGCCUGCACUGACAUCAUCAACCGGAUCCUAAAACGCAGAUCUAUGAACUCGGCAGACGAAUGGCAGCGAGCACACGGGCCCAACACCGUGGUUCAGGCCAUGGAGCUUCCAGGAACGCUGAAGGAAUGUACAGCAUAAAAAACCCAAAAGAUGUUGGUGUAAAGACGACGAGGAGCUUCUACACACAAGGAACAUGAUGAUUCCUCUCGACUUGCGGAUCCUACCAAAAGCAUUCACUGGAGAAUCAAACACUGUUCUUUAGAAGAUGAUUCGGUUGAGUUUUUUAGCAGAAACUUUGGAGAUCUCAGGUUUCUACAAUGUUCAGAAGAGUUCUGGAGAGUCGAGAUUUUGACAUACUAUUAUGAAGGUUUCAGAUGU